AUGGAGGGUUUGAACCUAAAUUUGAGUGCUUUGAAGGACUCGAUUGCUCUGAAGCUUUCAGGCUCCAGUGGCAAGAAACAAGCCGCUCCAAAAGAAAAUAAGAAGAGCCAGAAUCAAGCUGUGGACAAAAAAUCUGACACUCCCAAGUCAAAACAGAACAAGAAUCAAAAACGAGACAAGAAGAGUGAACACAAAGACACAAGAAAUAAGAAGGCUCCAAUUGAAUCCAAUUCCAAAGACUCUAGCGAUGCUGUAGAUGAAAAGUCGAUUCUCAGAAGAGAAGCUUUAGCCCUUGGUGCUACCGAAGAAGACCUUCAAUUAGUCGCUGAUAUUGAUGAUGAUGAUGCUAGUGAAACAGAAUUUGCUCCUGCUGAAAAAGAUCUCGCCCUUGAGUCCGAUAUUUCCAGUUUCAUCAAGGGUUUGGGUCUUCCAACAGGUCCUCUUGUAGCCGAAGAUGAUGAGGAUGAAAUUGAGGCUGUGGAAGAAAACGAAAAGGAAGAAGAAAAAGAAGAAGAAGAAGAUGAUGAAGAAGAGGAGGAGGAGGAGGAAAAGGAGGAGGAUGAAGUAGAAGAAGAAGAAGAACAGGAGGAAGAACAAUACGACAAAAAGUCAGCUCUGACAGACAAAGCUAAGCCAGUUAUCACCGAGAAAGCCGACAAAAUUACUGACUUCAAUUUUGUCAAGGCCGGUAAACUUGAAAUUGAGUUUAGAAUCGACUGGUAUAAUAUUGAAGUGGAAAAGCACGAAGCUGGUGCUAAAUUGGACAGGUUUGCGAUGGAGAGACUCACCGAGAAGGGACAAGCUCUUCUCGACAAGGAAAAUAAGACAUACUUGCAGGAGUUCUCCUCGAUUAACUCUCAAAAGAAGUUCUUGUCGCAAAUUCUUUCCGAUGGUACUUUGAACGAUAAAAUCUCAGCCUUGACCUUGCUUGUUCAGGAAGCUCCCAUUCACAAUCUCAAAGCUUUUGACACUUUAUUGGGCUACUGUGAGAAGAAGUCCAGAAACGCUGCUCUACAGGCAGUUAAUUCAAUGGCAGAUUUAUUCAUUAAUGGUCUUUUGCCCGACCGCAAGCUUGUUGCCUUUGCUAAACAACCCUUGACAAAGGAGACUGAUGCCAGAACUUUGGCUUUAUACUUGUACGAAGACCACCUCAAAAAGAGUUAUUUCAGAUUCAUUCAAGUUCUUGAGACUUUGAGUCAUGACUCUAUCUUGCAUGUCAGAAUGAACACUGUUCUGCACAUUUUCAACCUUUUGAAGGCAAAGCCCGAGCAAGAGGCCAAUUUACUUCGAUUGGGUGUCAAUAAGCUCGGUGACCAAGAUAACAAGGUUUCAGCAAAAACUUCCUAUCAAAUUCUUCAAUUGGAAGAGGCUCAUCCUGCCAUGAAGAAAAUCGUUUCAGACGCUGUCGUGGAUAUGGUGCUUCAAAAGGCCACUGAUCACCACUCACAAUAUUACACAAUCUUGACUCUUAAUCAAACCGUUUUGUCAAGCGGAGAAGCUGAGCUUGCCAAUCAUUUGAUCAAGGCUUACUUCUCUAUGUUCGAGAAGAUCUUGGUUGAGUCAGACCCGGCUACCAAAGAAAAGAAUGUCGACAAAUCACUCGGAAAGAGUGAGCGUGGAAGAAAGAACAACAGAAAAGCUUUCAAGAAGGGUAAAAAGGGAGGAGCUUCUGUUAAGAUUGAAGAGAAGACAGAGAAGGAUGUCGUUGAGGAGCGCAGUGCAAAGAUGUUCUCUGCUCUUCUCACGGGUUUGAACAGAGCUUUUCCAUAUGCUGACUUGCCAUCCGAUAUCUACUUGAACCAUUUGAACACAUUGUACAAGAUUACUCACUCUACAAACUUCAACACAUCUAUCCAAGCUCUUGUACUUGUUCAACAUAUCGUGCAAGAACAAGACUUGGACGCUGACAGGUUCUACAGAACUUUGUACGAAUCCUUGAUGGACCCAAGACUAGUAAACUCCUCGAAGCAAGGUAUUUACUUGAAUCUUUUGUACAAAUCCCUUAAGAACGACAUACAAAACGUGCCAAGAAUCUUGGCAUUUGUGAAAAGAAUUCUUCAGAUUUGUACUCUGUGGCUUAAUAUUGGAGCUGUUGCAGGUAUGCUUUAUCUUCUCAUGCAAUUGACAAAGACUCAUCCACAAAUCCUUGAUCUAAUGGACGGCUUGGAGCUGAGACCCGAAGUUGCAGGAAAGGAAAAUUCUGAGAGUAAACCCGAGGACUACGACCCAAAGAAAAGAAAUCCAUCGUUUGCCAAUGCAGACAAGUCAUGCAUGUGGGAGAUUACUCAAUUCUUAAACCACUAUCACCCUACGAUUGCAAUCUACGCUCAAUCCUUACUUGAUGGUACCCCACAACCAAAACCCGACUUGGGAUUGUACACACAGGCACACUUCCUAGACAGAUUCGUCUACAAGAAUGCUAAACAAAAAGAGAACUUGAAGGGUUCCUCCAUCAUGCAGCCAUUGGGCGGUGGCCACACCGGUUCUCUAUUGGUCAAAGCUACUAAUGUCAAAUCUCACGAUUUGCCUGUCAAUACUGUCGAUUGGCUCAGUAAGAAGGCAAACCAAGUCCGCCCAGAUGAGCAAUUCUUCUACAAGUACUUCAUGCAAAAUAGCCACAAGACUAAGCUGAAGAAGCCUAAAGCCACAGAGGGUGAUGCUGAGGAUAAAGAUGCCCUUGAUGACGACGAGGUUUGGGAUGCUCUUGUGAAGCUGAACAAUGCUAUUGAGGGAGGUGAUGAGUCCGACUUGGACUCUGCUGACUUCAGUGAUAUGAGUGACCUCGACGAAGGGGACAUGGAUGAUGAACUGGAUGCAGAAGGCGUCGAGGGCCAACCUCAAAAUUUCGAGGAUGACAUGGAUAGCGAAGAUGAGGGUAUCUUCAAUGAUGCAGAGGAUGAUGAACUCAACAGCGACGUUAGCGAUAGCGACGACAACGAGGGUUCUUCAGGAUCCAAGAGAGCUUUGGCCGAAGAUGGUGAGCAGAAGAAGAAGAAGAAGAAGACCAAGUUCCUGAGCUUGCCUACAUUUGCAUCCGCCGACGACUACUCGCAAUACUUGCAGUCUGAUGACGAAAAUUAG